AUGUAUACAGCCGAGGCGCUGGAUUUAAUCACCUCACUGGAACAAAAGGAAUGCGAUGAUUGCGGCAAACGAGAAGUGGAAUGGGCGUCUGUGAAGAAAGGAACCGUCAUUUGCUCAGAAUGCUUCUGUUUUCACAGUUAUCUUGGGCCAUCGGUGAGCUAUCUCCGUCAUCUGCGCAAAAGUGCUUGGGAUGAGGAACACAUUCGACUCGUUCACGCUCUCAACUCGUCCAACACCAACAUGAUUUGGGAGAGUGCACUCUACGAGGGAUCCACGAAAUUUCAGAAGCCACUGGCGCAAGAUCCAUCGCAUAUCAAAGAGCAAUUCGUGAAGGAGAAGUAUGAGAAGAUGACGUUUCAGCCGAAGAGAGGGAAGGAUGAGGAUCUGGAGAACAGCUUGAACAAACAGCUCAUCGCGUGUGUGAGAAGUGACUACGCUCAUGUUACAUUGAGACUCAUUGCUCUCGGAGCCGACGUCAACUUCCUUGACCCCGAAACUGGCGACACACCUCUGCAUGUCGCGGCUAGAGAUGGGAAUUGCAAUCAAGUGGAACUUCUGUUUCUGUAUGGAGCUGAUAUCAAUGCUGCUAACAAAGAUGGUUCACUUCCAUAUAUGGUUGCCAAGGAUUACAAUCAUAUCCAACUCUCCAAUCGUAUUUACGACUUCUUCUUCUACACAUUUGACCGUUUCUCGUUUUUCAUGUGCAAUCGAAAAGCGGACCAUCGCAAUAAUCAAGACUUUUUCAUCCCAGAAGUCACUGAGAAACAAUUUCUCAUCAAAACCAAAGACUCCAGAUUGGCGAUCUCAGUUCUACCGAAAGGUCAAUUCUUCGAUCUUUGCGAGGACGCAUUUGAUGAAACCGUUCGCAGAGAAAACGAGGUGAACUGGAAUAUGACUAAAUGGGCUAAAACCGCCAAAGGACCAACUAACUUAUUUUUGCCAUCCACGACACACAUGUCUGCUGCUCGUAAUCAAAGAAGACAGAAACUUGCCAAGUUCACCCCAAUUCAGUUCACAAUUCUUCUCAUCGACCUUAUCAAGGAUCAGAAGCGAAGAAUCAACGGAGACCCACUCCCGAUUCAAGAGGCACCAAGAACUCAAAGAAAAAGAAAUGAAUAUGCCGACUACGACGAGGUGGCUGGAAUCUCGUGCUCUCCAACUUCUGGCAUCUUACCAAACUCUCAAUCAAACACUGUCGAUGAAUUAAAUGGGAGAAUAUGGGAUGAGGUGUUGGAGAUGAAAGAGAGACUUCUGAACGCUGAGAGUAUGGUGCUCACGGUUACCAAACAGAACGAGGAGCUCACUAAAUUGGUCCACAGUCUUCAAGCCCAGAACAUCAACCUCAACUCGGAACUUAUUUCGUUCCGAGAUGAUUUGUACAACCUAAAAAGGACUAACAUGACAAGGCGCAUGCCAUCGCCGCUUGCAAUUGUGGAAACGCCGGAGAGGAUUUUGCCACCGGCUGGAAUUCAGCACAGCUUCUCUCGCAGAGACAGUGAAGACCGCGUCGAUGGCGGUGGCGCCCGCUGGCGAUCCAACUCAAACGAUCGUCGAAACUCAAACGACCACAAAAUGGAGAAGAAAGUGGAGCGACGACAAGACUCAAUGUUGGAGAGCUCCUCGUCCCUCUCGCGCUCCUCACAAAUCCCCAACUCGCUUAACAGAGAAGAUGUGAAGAAUCGAGUAAUUCAACAGAGCGAGAAAAUCACUCGUCACAUCAAAGCGCUUCUUCAGCAUGGGCAUAAUGGAAAUUUGGAUGAGAACGCGAGCCAUGGAGCACAUGAGAUCGCGUGCGCCAUCAACAGUCUUAUCACUGUCCUGUUGCCGUACAUUCGACAUGAAAAAAUCGAUUCGCUGACGGACGCUGUCGUGCUCCUUAAUGCCAAAUGUAACAGCCCCAUCCUGGACUCAAUGGAUAUUAUCGAAGCUGCUCAAGCCGUUGCCGAUAAGCUCCGUCUCAUAAUUAUGGAUUUCUGUUAA